AUGGCAGAAGACAACGCCGACUACGACCUAUCACAGCCAAUUGCAUCGACCGCCGGCUUGAGGCAGGGACUUGCAGGCUAUGGCGACCCUCACUUCUCUCUGUUUCUGCGAAAGGUCUUCAUCAAAGCCUUGGGAUACGGCGAAGAUGCCCUAUCAAGACCAAUCGUCGGCAUCAUCAACACGAACAGUGGCUUCAAUCCCUGUCAUGGCAACACACCGCAGCUCAUCGAAGCAGCUAAGAGAGGUGUGCAGCUGGCCGGAGGACUCGCAAUCGACUUUCCAACUGUCAGCAUUGCAGAGUCCUUUUCAGCACCCACCAGCAUGUUCCUCCGAAACUUGAUGAGCAUGGAUACUGAAGAGAUGAUUCGCGCACAGCCUGUCGAUGCCUGCAUCAUGAUAGGAGGAUGUGACAAGACUGUUCCUGCGCAAAUCAUGGGCGGGAUAUCGGCCAACAAGCCAGUUUUGCCUUUGAUCACUGGACCAAUGUCGACUGGAAGCUAUCAAGGCAAACGUGUCGGUGCUUGCACAGAUUGUCGCAACAACUGGGCAUCGUUUCGCGCAGGCCAGAUCGAAAUUGAAGAAAUCGUUGACAUCAACGAAGAGCUGGCACCCACUGUGGGCACGUGUGGCGUCAUGGGAACGGCCAGUACCAUGGCAUGUCUGACAGCUGCUCUUGGACUGAUGCCGCUGAAAGGUGCAAGUGCGCCGGCUGUAUCGGCCGCUCGUCUACGGAUUGCAGAAGAGACAGGCCGCCACGCUGUUGUGGUAGCGGCGGCCAAGCGAACACCUCAAGUCAUACUGUCUCGAGAAUCUUUCCUCAAUGCACUCGUUGUACUUCAAGCGAUCGGCGGUAGUACCAACGGCAUAGUCCAUCUCCUUGCCAUCAUCAAUCGGCACCCCGAACUUGAAGGGGCAAUCACCUUGAAAGACGUCGAUGAAGUUGGCAGAACCACACCGCUGAUCGUUGACCUUAAACCUAGCGGAGACAACUACAUGACCGACUUCCACAAUGCGGGUGGGAUGAACGCCCUACUUCACACUUUGCGCCCCCUUCUCCAUCUUUCGGCAAUGACGAUCAGCGGGCAGACCCUUGGCGAAGUUCUCGAUGCGACGCCGUUCAAGCCAUUUCCUUACUCGACUUCAAUCAUCCGGCCACUCUCCAAUCCACUCUCCACGUCAUCGAGUCUUGUCGUCCUCUACGGUAACCUCGCACCACAGGGGAGUGUGAUGAAAGCUUCGGCCUCGAAAGACCGCACCCUACUAUCACACUCUGGUCCCGCAGUCGUUUUUCGAAACGCAGCAGACCUCGCUCAACGCAUUGAUUCGCCAGAUCUCGAUGUGACGCCCUCCUCUGUUCUUGUCUUGCAAAACAUUGGACCUUUAGGUUACCCCGGGAUGCCCGAGGCAGGACUCAUUCCAAUACCACGGAAGCUCAGUCGCCAAGGUAUAUCAGACAUGCUGCGAGUCAGCGAUGGGAGAAUGAGUGGCACAGCAGGAGGGACUAUAGCACUGCACGUAUCGCCCGAGUCUGCAUUGCCAGAGAGUGUACUGGGUAUUGUAGAGGACGGGGACCAGAUCACGUGCAAUGUGGAGCAGCGGAUCUUGAGGCUUGACGUCGAAGAGGCUGAGAUCCAGAGAAGACUGCAGAAGAGAAGGGAGGUAUUGCUUGGGAGCCAGGGUGUACCGCCGCAGCCUUCGGUAUUGUCAGAGCGUGCGACUAAGAGGGGUUACCGUGGCCUGUACGAGAGGACGGUCAAUCAGGCGCAUGAGGGUGCCGAUUUUGAUUUUCUGACCGCAAGUGGACCCGGGCCUUCAAGUCAAGGUUCACUGCACGGGAGUACGUCGGUCUUGUAG